CUCUUGCCGACUUGCCUCCCGCUCACAACUCAACUGUGCUGCGUUCUACAACUUUCCCACCCAUAACCACACACGCACAGACGCACCUGCAGCACUGCUGCCGUCAACGCGUAGACUCAGUGAGCGUAGCAUAGCAUAGCUAGCCUGCAUACAUAGCGUCCAAAGUCGUUCUCGUCAGUCUCAGAGCAUUUCAUAAGGGGCACAGCACAGCUCAUUCGCCAUGCCCAGCGACCUCGAUAGACAAAUAGACCAGCUUCGCCGCUGCGAAAUCAUAACGGAGAGCGAAGUGAAAGACUUAUGCAACAAGGCGCGGGAGAUCCUGGUAGAGGAGAGUAACGUGCAGCGCGUGGACGCUCCUGUGACGAUAUGCGGAGAUAUCCACGGCCAGUUUUAUGACCUGAAGGAGCUGUUUCGGGUGGGUGGGGAAUGUCCAACGACUAAUUAUCUAUUCAUGGGGGACUUUGUGGAUCGAGGAUUUUACAGCGUAGAAACGUUCUUGCUGCUGUUAGCGCUUAAAGUCCGAUAUCCGGAUAGGAUAACACUGAUCCGCGGCAACCACGAAAGCCGGCAAAUCACGCAAGUAUACGGCUUCUACGACGAGUGCCUGCGCAAAUACGGAUCGGUGAACGUAUGGCGGUAUUGCUGCGAGAUAUUCGACUACCUGAGCUUGUCGGCGAUCAUAGACGACAAGAUCUUCUGUGUGCAUGGAGGACUAUCACCGGCUAUCCAGACGCUUGAUCAAAUACGAAUCAUAGAUAGAAAGCAAGAAGUACCGCACGACGGGGCGAUGUGCGACCUACUGUGGUCCGACCCGGAAGAUAUCGAAGGAUGGGGUCUGAGUCCACGAGGUGCUGGAUUUCUCUUCGGGGGAAAUGAAGCCACAAAGUUCGUCCACGAAAACAACCUCACUCUCAUCGCACGUGCCCACCAACUCGUUAUGGAGGGGUACAAAACCAUGUUCAAAAACACUGUUGUGACGGUCUGGUCUGCGCCAAAUUACUGCUACAGAUGUGGAAACGUGGCAGCGAUCCUGGAACUGGAUGAACACCUAAGCGCGAAUUAUAAGAUCUUUGAAGCUGCGCCACAGGAGGCGAGAGGGUUACCUAACCGAAAACCAGCGCCAGAGUAUUUCCUCUAAAUUACCUACCAAAACCCCGCCUUCCGAAUCACCCGAAGACCGGGUUCGGUUGUCCCUCCCGCAUCGUCGAAAAGAAGCAUAACUAAUAACCUCACGGCAGGGGCUCGUCAACAACACAAACCCUGGCAAAACCGCUUGUGUCUUUCAGACGCACGUUUUAUAGUCGCGAAACGGCGUACGAGCAGGUCAUUUCUUUGCUCCCUCGCCUCUGACCCCGAUGCGGUCAGUACAACUGCUCUUCUCACGCAUCACGCACACCGAGAGUUAGCCGACCCCGCCAG